CUCGCGGCGUCGCCUGUUGUAUGUUUACGGCCUCGGUUCAUGAUAACGGCGCGAAAAUGGAGGAUAUAUUUCAGUGGUGUCGCGAAGGCAACGCUAUGCAAGUCCGCGUCUGGCUGGAUGACACGGAGCAUGACAUGAAUCAGGGAGACGAUCAUGGAUUUAGUCCACUUCACUGGUGUGCUAAAGAAGGCCACAUAAAAUUGGCAGAGUUGUUAGUUACCAGAGGGGCACGCAUUAAUGCCACCAACAGAGGAGAUGAUACACCGUUGCAUUUAUCCUCAGCACAUGGACACAAAGAGAUAGUACAGCUGUUACUUAGAAAUCGUGCCGACGUAAAUGUCACAAAUGAACAUGGAAACACUGCCUUGCACUACGCUUGUUUCUGGGGAGAUCAGGCGGUUGCGGAAGAAUUGGUCGCAGCGGGUGCUCUCGUAUCUAUUGCCAACAAAGACGGUGACACCCCCCUUGAUAAAGCCAGAGGUGUCGUGGCCAAGAGAUUGCAUGAUUUAGCAGUGGAGUAUGGACAAGAUUUGAAGAAGAUACAGUUCAAAGAUCAGAGUUGGUUAGGCUUGAAGACCAGGAGCCGUGACGCGACUCUCUCGAGAUACAAAGGGAUCAGUAUGGCGGAUCUGUCCCUCCACAUGCACCUUGCGAGCACACCGAGUGGCGAAACUUGGAGAGGUCGAUGGCAAAACAACGAUAUCGUUGCCAAGAUAUUAAAUAUCCGCGAAUGUACCACGCGCGUCUCCAGGGAUUUCAACGAGGAGUUCCCAAAGCUGAGAAUCUUCUCACACCCGAACGUUUUGCCGGUCCUUGGCUGCGUGAAUCAGCCUCCGCAGUUGGCGACCGUCUCCCAAUACAUGGCGCGAGGCAGCUUACAUCGACUUCUGCACGGCGGGACGGGUGUUGUCGUAGACACGGCGCGUGCUCUACGAUUAGCCCUCGAUGUCGCCAGAGCUAUGGCAUUCCUUCACGGUUUGGAUCGGCAGAAUAGAUGCAGAUUUCACCUCAACAGUAAGCAUAUAAUGAUCGAUGAGGAUCUGACAGCUCGUGUGAAUAUGGCCGAUGCGAAAUUUUCCUUCCAAGAAGUCGGACGAAUUUAUGAACCGGCAUGGAUGUCACCGGAAGCUUUGAGCAAACGUCCGACGGAAAUCAAUCAUGAAGCGAGCGACAUGUGGAGCUUCGCCGUUCUUUUGUGGGAAUUGGCGACCAGAGAAGUACCAUUUGCGGAUCUAUCACCUAUGGAAUGUGGCAUGAAGAUCGCCCUGGAAGAUUUACGCGUAAGCAUUCCGCCGGGCAUCUCUCCGCAUCUCGCAAAGCUUAUUCGAAUUUGUAUGAAUGAGGAUCCGGGCAAGCGACCGUCCUUCGACAUGGUUGUGCCGAUCCUUGACAAGAUGAAACGCUAAAAUAUAUAUUUGGUAUAAAGUAAUACGAUCAGAAGAAAUAAUGGAAUACAUCCACUUAAUAGUGCCUAAAGAAUCUCUAUAUUUAUUAAACUGCCUGAAGAAUUAUUAUUAACAACGAUAGAAUAUUUUUGUAUCAAUAUAUUCCGCAAGUGGACGAAUACUGCCUUUAAAAGCCUAAGUUCUAAACAAACUAAUUUUUAAUUAUUUAUAUUUAAUAUGAAUUUAUAAACGUACUGUAGAAGCGCACGUUUAUAUUUGUAAUCUAUAAAACAAGUUUUUAAAUGUAGCUCGAAUUGUAUCUAUUUAGUGCAUUAUCUGACGAAAUCGCCAGGAUUUUUAAUAUAAAAAGGAUAGAGUAAUAGUGCUAUUUACACACAUUAGAGAACAUAUUUUUUAUAAAAUGUUUAAUGACACAUUUGUCUAUAUGU